UCUGCCGUCUUGCUUGGCAGGGGCUGGGAGGAGGACCCGGCAGUAGCUGCUGUCACGCCGAAAGUGGUGCGAGCCCUCAGGUCCCCGCGAACGGCCCUUCCUCAGAGCCAGAACAGAACAACUGUUAAUAAAAAUGGAAUUAACCAGUUUGAACAGGCUUCAAAAUGUAAGGCAAUUCAGGAUAACAUUUUGUCAUCAUCUAUCAAGAAGAAAAGAUAUUCAGAAGAUUAUUAUCUCCACAUAGUCACCAAACUGCAGAACUGCACCUGGAUAAGGAGAACAGAAGAAUCUACAAAAUUCAGGUCAGAAUUAGCUUCCUGCUGCGAUGCAGUUCACAAUUUUAUUGCUUCUCAAAACAACACCCCACUGGGAAGUAACAUGAGUUACGAAGUGGACAGUAAAAAGAACAUCCUCAUUACAGAGGACAUUUUUAAGAUGCUGCCUGUGUCCUCUCCUCUUUCAGUGUAUCCCUUCAAGACCUGUGCUGUGGUUGGAAAUGGAGGCAUUCUGAAAAAUUCCAGCUGCGGAGCUGAAAUCGAUCGUUCUGACUUUGUGUUUAGGUGUAACCUCCCUCCAACCACAGGAAGCAUUAGCAAAGAUGUUGGCAAUAAAACAAACCUUGUGACUGUUAAUCCGAGUAUCAUAGCUCAGAAAUACAACAAACUGAAUGAGAAGAAGACAGAAUUUCUGAAGAACAUUGCAGUCUAUGGAGAUGCUUUCCUCUUACUGCCAGCAUUUUCCUUCAGAAGCAACACAGCCACUUCUUUUAAAGUAUAUCACACUCUACAAGAGUUCAGAGCAACCCAAAGGGCAAUAUUUUUUCACCCCACCUAUCUGAAAAGUCUUGCCCAGUUCUGGAGAACUAAGGGUGUGAAAGCCUACCGGUUGUCAUCUGGUUUUAUGAUCACUAGUGCUGCUCUUGAGCUGUGUGAGAAUGUGAAGCUCUAUGGCUUCUGGCCUUUUUCAAAAUCCACAGAGAAGAUGCCAAUCAGCCAUCACUAUUAUGACAACCAGCUGCCUAAACCGGGUUUCCAUGCGAUGCCCAAAGAAUACAACCAGAUUCUUCAGCUUCAUGGCAAAGGCAUUUUGAAGUUGCAGUUUGGUAAAUGUGAAUCAGACUAA